AAACAUGGCGGCUGCUGGUGGAGUGGUGAGGACUGGGCUGGUAAGAUUUCCUAUUUUUUCUCUGGGUGCUUGUGCUAGUCGUCGAUACCUGAAUUCCCGGCUGCUUUGUACAAGAGCUGGGACUAGAUUAUGUAACCAUCAGGUGGCUCCACAAAUUGACAGAGCCAUGGGAUUCAGGCCUGCACCGCUGACACUUUUGUCAGAGGAUGAAAUGAUGAUGAAAGAAACAGUGUCCAAAUUUGCAAGUGAGAAGAUUGCUCCACUUGUCAGCAAGAUGGACGCUGAAAGUAAUAUUGAUGAGUCAGUUCGCAAGGGCAUGUUUGACAAUGGGUUCAUGGCUGUUGAGAUAGAAGAAAAGUAUGGUGGUUGCGGAUCAACAUUUUUUGUGGCAAACUUGGUUGUUGAAGAACUUGCAAAAGUGGAUGCUUCAGUAAGCGUUAUGUGUGAUAUCCAGAACACAUUGGUGAACACUUUGUUCCGUAAAUUGGGCACAGAAGAACAAAAAAACAUGUACCUGCCAAAGCUUGCAACAGAAUAUACAGGGAGUUUCUGUCUUUCUGAAGCAGAAUCUGGUUCAGAUGCUUUUUCCAUGAAAACAACAGCCAUAAAGGAUGGAAGCAAUUUUGUCAUCAAUGGUUCCAAGAUGUGGAUAUCAUCAGCUCCCCAUUCUGGUGUGUUCUUGGUCAUGGCUAAUGCAAACCCUGCUGUUGGCUACAAAGGCAUUACCUGCUUCCUUGUUGAUGCAGGCACCCCAGGUCUCAGUAUUGGGAAGAAAGAGGACAAGUUGGGGUUGCGAGCCUCCAACACUUGCACAGUACACUUUGAGAGUGUCGUGGUCCCAGAAGAAAAUAUACUUGGACAGUUUGGACAAGGUUACAAAUAUGCCAUUGAAAUGCUCAAUGAAGGUCGUAUUGGUAUUGGUGCCCAGAUGGUAGGCCUGGCACAGGGAUGCCUUGAUGCCACUGUACCAUACAUUUUGCAGCGUAAGCAAUUUGGGAAGAGGCUCUUUGAUUUUCAGGCCAUGCAGCAUGCUGUUGCUUAUCUAGCAACAGAAAUUGAAGCUGCUCGGUUGCUGGUGUACAAUUCUGCUAGAUUAAAAGAGGCUGGGCAGCCCUUUAUCAAACAGGCAGCAAUGGCUAAACUGUACAGCUCAGAGGUAGCAACACGGGUCACCUCUAAAUGUAUUGAGCUGAUGGGUGGUGUUGGUUUUACCAAGGAUUAUCCUGUUGAGAAAUUUUACCGGGACUGCAAGAUUGGCACAAUUUAUGAAGGCACAUCUCACAUACAGCUCAACACUAUUGCCAAGCUUAUAGAAAAAGACUAUAACUGUACCAUGUAAACACUUUUGUUAUAUUGAGAGAGAAAAAUGCUGUAAAGUUUAACUUAUCAUUACUGUAAUUAUUUGUAAUGCUUCUACUACAGUACAGUACAUCCCAAAUUAUCUCUUGUGUAUGUAUUUAGAACUUAUUUAUCUUUUAUUUCCAUAUUAGUCCUCACAGUAUGUUGGCUCUGUUUUAUCUAAGACAUAUGUGACAAACCAUAAAACUUAUUAAGUAUAGUGGUCUUAUACAGUAUUUUGCAAACAAAAUAAAAAUAAAUAAAAAAAUUAAAUAGAUAAAUCAAUAUAACAGAGAAAGUUCUUGGUUAUAUUUUUUGAUACUUGUACAAAAAUAUUCUUUACUCUCUGCAAUAUCAUUCAGAAGUGAUUGGGCAACAUACUUGUAUAGCCAUUUAUAUCUUUAUAAUUUCAUGUAAAUUUCAUCUUCUAUUGUUGCAAUUCCUCACUCGGGAUUUAUUGUACUGCUUUCAAGUUGACAGCACUCCGUACUCUCGAUUUUAUUAUAUACAGCACUGAUAUGUUUACCAGCUCAACUACUAAGUUGGUGAGAGACUUUUAAGUAUACUCUACAAUAUUUAGCCUAAUGUUUUAGGUGAGUAUAUUUAUAGUUUACUGUGGCAAUAUAGCUAAUAGAAAUAGUUACCUGAUUAUUUUAUAUACUGUAAUGUGUAAGCCAUAUAUGUGAUGAUAGAUUUAAAAGAUACUCAAUACUGUUUAGAUAAUUUUCUGAUCAAAUAACUAAAUAAUUGGACUUAGGGAUUAUAAUGUUUUAAUGAGUAUUGAAUACUUUUGUAUUAGUGAAGUACAGUAUUAAUGCUUACAUUAUACACAGUUUUUAGUGUUUAUUUUGUCAACUUCAGAUGUGUCGAGGUUGUGUUAGUUAAUUAUCAGGUGUAGUUUAACUUCCUUAUUUAUUAAGAUUUAUUGGUGAUCAUCAUUUCAUCAUUCCAUUUACUUGGGACAGAAAUAAGGUUUAUAGAUUUGUGUUCUUAAGUGGAAUAGGAAACUAUUAAGGGUGGUAGAAGAAAUAUCUUUGUAUUAAGUGGGACCCUUUUUGUUUAGUUAGUAUUGGGUCACCAUCUGUCAAUCAGCAAUGUUUUAUUCUCAACGAAAUAGGAACACGAAACAAUUAAUUAUUUUAAUA